UCAUACAGAUCCACACUGUGAGCUCUCUCUCUCCCAGCAGCAGCUCAGACCUGCCCGAAAUGCCCCAUGCUCCGCACGCCUGCGGUGUUCCCUCGAAACUGUGCACUCUGGAGAGAAAAGAGUUAAAAAAAAAAAAGAGAGAGAGAGAGCAUUCUAAUGAGGCCGUAAAGCAGCAAUUCUUUUUUUUUUUUUUUUUUUUAACACUAUCAUUUCCAGAGCGGCGUCAAUGAAGCGGUCCCAGAUCCCCCUGCCGACCUCCCGGGCAUGAGGGACCGAUUGCGGGAUUAUUUGGAAAUAUCUUAAUGGAAGCGAUGUCGCCUCAGCAGGACAAUGUGGGACAACAGCCUCGGUCUUCAUCCUUGACGGCGGAGCCCAAAAUAUCCGGGGGCACCGAGAACCGAAAGAAAAUGAAGAGCUUGGCACAAAGACGUCAAUCGGCUCCAUCGCUUGUGUUAAGCAAAGCCCUCAAUAAGUCAAGGACCACUACCAAGGACAGUUGUUUCUCGCCUGUGAGUCCUGAAUCAUGUCCUCUUGUCCAAGCCUUUGUCUGUCCCAGCCGAUCAUUCAUAAUGCACAGCCAUGUUCAACUAAAGACCGGCCUGCAGACCCAGGAGCGCCAUCUCUUCCUCUUCACCGAUAUCCUUAUCAUUGCCAAGUCAAAGUCUCCAUCUCACUAUAAACUGAAGCACCAUGUACGGGUGAGCGAGAUGUGGACAGCUUCUUGCAUGGAGGAAGUCUGUGAGGGCAGCACUUACCCCGAGAGGUCCUUUGUCAUGGGCUGGCCAAUCACCAACUGUGUCGCCACCUUCAGCACUCCAGAGGAGAAGGACAAAUGGAUCCAGCUUUUUGAAAGAUAUAUCAAAGAUGAGAAGGAAAAUGACCACCCUAAAGUCAUCCCUCUGAAGAUCAUUACAAAGGAUAUUGGGAACUGUGCCUAUUCAAAAACUCUGACCGUGACCAACGAAGAGACCGUGAUCGAUGUCAUUAAAGUGGCCUUGCAGCAAUUUGGUGUGGAGGGCUCAGAGACAGAUUACCAGUUGUGGGUCACCUCGGGCAAAGAUGAUGCGCCUUAUCCUCUUAUUGGACACGAAUAUCCGUAUGGGAUUAAAAUGAGUCAUAUUCGUGAUGCUUUGCUCCAACUCCAGGGGGCGAAAGACUCUAUAAACCUGGAGGGGCCUUUCGUGAUGGAGCAGCUGCCCCGGGAGAUGCAGUGUCAGUUCAUCCUGAAGCCCAGCCGCCUGGCCAUAUGUCAGCAGCUCGCCGAUCCGAGCCAGAAGCCCUUUAAAAGGAAGCUCUCUAUCAUAAACUGGACCUUCUGGCGCGGUUCGAACUCUCUGCUGGAUAAUAUCCCUCUUUCUCCAACCUCUUCGACUCCUGGAAAGCUCUUUGGUCUUUCCUUGCCAGCCAUAUGUGAGAAUGACAACCUGCCCAAAGCUGUCAUGGAUAUGUUAUCUGUCCUCUGCCAAGAUGGACCAUUCACAAGAGGCAUCUUUAGACGGUCGGCUAACGUGAAAUCCUGCAAAGAGAUGAAGGAAAGGCUCAACUCUGGAUUCCAUGUGGACUUCGCCUGUGAAUCUAUUUUUGUCAUAGCCUCUGUGUUCAAGGAUUUCCUCCGUAAUAUUCCCGGCAGUGUCUUUUCAUCUAAACUCUGUGACAAAUGGGUUUCUGUGCUGGAUCAAGGAAGUCAAGCGGAGAAAAUAAAAGCUGUGAAGAAACUACUGGAGAAGCUUCCACAGGUGAACAUCACACUGCUGCGCUACUUGUUCGGAGUAUUGCAUUGUAUCGAGCAGCGUUCUGAACACAACCAAAUGACGGCCUUCAAUCUUGCCGUGUGUAUCUCUCCUAGUCUUCUGUGGCUGCCCAACCCUUCCAGCCCAGAGGCCGAGAGUGAAUUCACAAGAAAGGUAUCGGUGCUCGUGCAGUUCCUAAUAGAGAAUUACUGCUUGGUUUUCGGAGAUGACAUUUCAUUGUUGUAUGCCAACUUGUCAGCGAAGGAUGAUAACAGAGAGGAUAACUCAGAUAUUUGUUCUUUCAAGCAUAUUGACUCCUCCUAUGACAGCCUGGAGAAUGAACUUAAUGAUGAUGGAGACUCGCCAUACAGCGGUCUGCCCACAAGGAGGAGCCAUGACAACAGGAGCAGAGAUUCUGUUCUGACGCUCAGCGAUUGUGAUCUGGAUCACGUCUACAAUGAAGAGAACCAGACCUAUAGGUCUCCUCAUACACGACCCGUAAAGAUGUCAGCAAUGUCUCAUCAUCGGACAGUAUUACAUGAGCAGUCUGAGGAGGACUCUUUGUGCUCUAAUACUUCUGGGUACUCCUCUACCACCGAUGUGAGGCGGCACCGACGAUGUUCAGAACCAGCUAUUGGAAUCUUGGCAUCGAGGUUCAGCCAACUCAAUGAGUCUCCACAUGAGAACAACUCAAGCUGUGAUGCCCUUCUCUCCCAGUCAGCUGAUGACUAUCUCAAACAGCAUCACUAUCUUCAAGUCGAAGGCCAAAAACUUAUAAAUCGUAGUUUGACUUUGGGUAUAGAUGUCAGUAAAAAUGUUAAUAAAAAGCAGACAGGUGACAAAAAAAGCACUCCCAAUAGACUCAUGCCACCCAAUGCUUUGAGACUAAACAUUUGCUCUCGUACUAGUUGUUCCAGCUUGUCUUCUCCUGCGACAUCUCCUUCAGGAUCUUCAUUGAGUUCUCUGGACAGUGCUUUUUCUCAGUUCUCAGACUAUUCAGUGAUAAACGCAAAUGAAGUGCCUUCACCCUUGGAUUGCACGUUACGGCAAAACAAAAAGCAUGUAGAGCUCAGUUCAGAUUUCCUUGGAGGACAUUCCUUUUCAGGAUUUGUGGUGGCUGAAGAGGACAAACAGCCUUAUAACAGCACCGCAUUUAUUACUGGAAAAAAUAGCCGAUCUGCUGUAAAAAUCUCAAAAAAGAUGGACAAGCACGAGGACAGGAAAAUACAAGAAGUUUCAGAAAGAUCUUUGUUUAGGGAACACGUCCCUGUGCCAAACUCAGAGUGUGAAGCCAAACACCCUGUUACAGGACUUCUACCUAGAGAGUAUAAGGAGGAGGAUCUUCGAAGUACCACCUCUAAAUAUGGUGAGGAAGUAAGUAGUCGUAAGCUUGUAUAUUCAGGAGACAAAGUUGUCCUUGAUAGAAAUGGGAAUGGCAACAACGGGGUGGAUUGUAGUUCCUUUAUAUUCCCAUCUCCCGUCUCCAUCAACAUUGAAAUAUCUCCGCACACCCAAGACAGCACACAGUUGCCGCAAACACUUUUUCUCGGUCACAAUAUUUCAUUGUUUAGCCACAGGAACCGUAGAAAAUCCACCAAUUCUUGCAGCUUAGAGGAGCCUGUGCUUCUCAAUUCGAGCCUGAAAUCUUCUAGUGAACAUUCGAUCCACCAGCCAGAAGAGGACCUGUCUCGCACAAAAGAUGACACCAUCAAAACCUCACUCGGCAGGGAUAUCGGCAUCCGCAUGGCCAGUUUUAAGAAGAAUAAAGUGCUACCUUCCAACGUGGACACUGGAAUUAGGAUUGCAAAUUGUGACUUGGAGAAAAACUUUUGUGUGUCUCCAAAGCCAAGCGCCAAUACCGGAGACUUCUUCCUCCAGUCUGACCUACAUAAACAGAAUAAAAACCCACAAGAAUAUGACAAUCCCAUCCUCAAGGGUAGCCGAGAAUGGCACACAAAGGGUUGUAGUGACCCGAAAUUUGAAGACAUUGACCAAAGAUUUUUUGCAGAAGAAUCCUAUGUAUAGGGUUCAGUUUGGAAAACCCAGUCAUCCUUCUUCAGUGGCCCUGACAUCCCAUUUGGUAUACAGACUAAUGGAUUUAUUCAUAUUUUAUGAAUCCGAUCGGACAAUGGAAAAGUCUCAUCUAUGUCUUAUUUAUGUGAAUGAGUGUAGUGUGUUUUUUUUAUUAAGAAAUAUUCAGUAUUUGACUUUCUUAGUAAACAAGGUGUUCAUGCAAGUGUUCCAUUUUAUUUCAUUUAACAAAAAAAAAUUGAUACUUAUUCCAGUGUAUGUAUGGGACCGGGUCUGCAUUGUGUUUUCUGAUUGGAAAUAAAGUUUAUUGGGGUACUCCACUGCCCCAGUGUUCAGAACAUUUUGUUCCGAAACGUUUGGUGCAGGCUGCGCCCCUCGUGACGUCACGUUCUCUUCAAUGCAAGUCUAUGGGAGGGGGAUGGCAGUCGGCACGCCCCCUUCCAUAGACUUGCAUCAAGGGGGCGUGGCAUGAUGUCACGAGGGAAGUGUCCACAGCCCACACCGCGUGUGGAGUACCCCUUUAAGGCUCCCUGUCUGUUGGUCUUUUACUUUAUAUUAUUAGGAUUGUAUACAGAACACUGUGCCCUAUAUACAGAUCAAAUUAGGCUUCCUAGGAAAUCCCAUUCUCCAAGAACAAAGUCCUAUUAUCAUGGUAUUGUUUUUCUAUUAUUAUAUAUUCUGUAAUAUACUGUAUUUUUAUAGCAGUCGGAGCUUGUUUUUCUCACAAAAGGUCCAAAUUCCCUGCAUAGACAUAUAUUUAUUUAAAGUGUAUGUCAUUUAAAAAAGGUCACAGGGAAACAUCAAAGUUUUAAUCAGUCAUGGUCUCGGUGCUGCGACCUCAUCGUUCAGGAGGACGAAUGGGCAGAAACGCGUGGUAGCGCACUUCACUCCCUGUCUCGCAGCCAUCUCUGGCCUGGGUCACUAUGAGCUGGGAGUUAAAUUGCGCUAUGGCUAUCACACGUUUCUCCCUGCUCGUCCUCCGCACUGAGACCUUGACUAAUCAAAACUUUUGACAUGUCCCUGUGACAUGUCAAAUUAGUUUUUUAAAUGACCGUAACAUGUAAAAUAAAACUAUUCUAGCUACCUGUAGCCUCCAAUAGAGGAAACCUAUUGCAUACUGUGCUAUUUAACACAGUAUGCAGUUUGCUUCCUCUAGUGGUGGCUGCAGAGAAUUUGUUUAAUUUAUUAAAGGGGUACUCCCGUGGAAAACUUUUUUUUUUU